GUCAACGACUGCGUAUCAGACAACAACAGUCAGCGCUUUAUGUGGGGAGGUACCCGCUGGUACCAAGCACUCUUAUUCUCCCAUGCCGAGACUGUGCGGACCUGAAACACGGGCCAUGGAGCUAAAAUGUACUCGUUUUUCACUCAGUUCUGUCUACUGCCUUCUGCUGAUGUUCUUGCUUCUCAAACCCUCUCUGGGCCAGCAACUUUGCUCUGUGCCCCCUGACCCAGUAACAAUUAAAGAGAAUCACACGAUCGACAUUCCUCUCAUCACAAUUAACAUCAUCGAAGGGGUGACUCUCACUCUGUUGGAUAAUCCAGACAAUUUAUUUGGACUCCAGGGCAACAGAGUAAUGUUGAUGAAAGUACUGGACUUUGAGACUCUACCAAGUGAACUCACAUUUCGUGUUCAAUGUGACAAAGCUAACUUUCCAUCUGCUGAAUUGCUGGUGAGCAUCCUGGUUGAGAACAUGAAUGAUAACCCCCCAGUUUUUGCUCAAAGUCAGUACACACUGAAUGUUGAUGAGCUGACACCAGAAGACACAAGUAUUGGAAGGAUAGAAGCCAAUGACCGUGAUGCAGGCUUGCUGUAUUAUCACUUGGAACCCUCUACGGAUGGAUAUUUCAAAAUACAAACUGUGAACAACCCAAAUAUACUUGUGGACAAGGUUUUUGAUUACGACAUCAUCCAAACCCUGACUCUCCUCCUGUAUGCACAGGACACUCCCACUCUCACACAGGCUGGUGAGGCCUCCCACACGGCCACAACAACCAUUACCGUCAACAUUAGGGACAUUGAUAACCGCCCACCCUGGUUCCAGCCCUGCACAGAAACAGUUGUUGGCACAGCCAAAAUUUGCCUGAGCUCUGGCUAUAAAGGCAGGGUCAACUUAACAGAGAAAGAGGAGGGUGAUUUACCAUUGGAUCCAGGCCCUUUGCUGGCUAUAGAUGGGGACAAAGACAGGGAUGAACCAAUAAGCUAUAAGAUUCUUAGUGGAAAUGAAGCUGGCAUAUUUCACAUCAAUGAGAACACUGGAGACAUAACAAUGCUGAAAGCUGCAGAUGUAGCUGGCCCAAUAACCUUAACAGUUUUGGCCUCGCAAUUUACAAACAACGACCAGUUCGCCAUCACCUCGGUCACAUUUGAGGUCAUGAAAAAGAGUCGCCGCUUCCCCAAGUUUGGGAAGGAGUGCUACCAAGGAUACAUAUCCUGUGACUCCCCCGUUGGCAGCCUGGUCCUGGAUGACAAAUUCUCCAACAGGCCCCUCAGGGUCUGGGCAAAGGAUGAAGACUUUGCGGAUGGUGUGAAUCCUGACUUAAUAUAUGGAGUUGUGGACAGCACCGAUUUCACUUUGACCGCAGAAGGGUUUUUACUUCUGAAUGCAGAAGUGGCUCAAGGCACAGUAACUUUACAAAUACGUGCAAUCGAUGUUCCCAAUGACGAGUGGGGCAAUGCCAAACUUGUUGUCCAGGUGUUACCAAAGGGAUGGCUCUCGGGAAGAUACCGGGCUGAAGACAUGGCAGUACUUGGAGCUACCCUGGCAGCCGUGCUGAUCCUCUGCUUGGUCAUCAUCGGGCUACUCAUUUUCCACAUGAAGAAGAGCAAUGGGGACUGGCAGAAGCUAUCGGAGGCCAGCACCUUCCGCGGUUCUGAAUCCACUGAGGCAAAAGAAGAGAUGCACUACACCAAUGAUGGCUUCCAGAACGAGGGGGACACCAGCAGCACAAGGCCGCAACCCACAGAGGAGAUGGACCUGAGGCUGGACACAGAGCAAGAACCUCAGGCUGGAGGGACGCCCCCUGAAAAGCCGACACCCCAGGCCUCCGCCAUCCCACACGCUGCCAGCAUCGCACCUGAAACCAGCAGCCUGACGGGGUCCGACAAAACAGACAGCGAGAGGGCGGUGAAACCCAUCCUCACCAAGGAGCGGAGGAACGAGGAGGGUGGAAAGUCCGUCUGGUUCAAGGAGGACGUCGAUCCCAGCGCCAAGGAUGAAGUGGUGAUCAUCCCCGACCAUGAGGAUGAGGAGGAGUACCUGGACGGAGAGGAUGGAGAUGACAGCUCGCCCCUUGCCUCCCCGAAAGUCUAUUUCGCCGACUCAAAGACAACUGACAAGGCUGCCGUGCGAUUCCAGGACCCGGCAAAGAACGGCAUUUCGGAAUCUGAGGGCAGAGCUGUAUAAUAAGUGGACCUAGUGUGUCUUAAAAAAGGGUCAGGUUUCAGUGUUGAUGUUUGAAGAUAAAGAGCUGGUCAAAAUCAUCAAUUGCUUAAGAUAUGAUUUCCCGAGUAGCUGAUCAAAAAAUGUUAGUUAUGUAGAUUGUUAGAUCCAUGUCAGUGUGUAACAAGAUCUUUUGAUCUUUCACAUUCAGUGUAUGGUUUCUUAAGUUCACAAGAAACAAACUAAUUUCACAUUUCACCUCCAUUUUUAUGCAACAUCUAACAAGCCAUACAACAUGUAACUGUAACUGGUCGUCCUUGACACAAAAUUGAGCCCACUCUUGGAAUUUCUAGAUCAUUCUAGUCAUGUAGUCACUUGUGUUUGUAACUUGUAAUUAGUAACCCCUUUUCUUCAGGAAAAUAUUUAAAUAUGCAUUACUAAUGUGCAAAAAGAAACAGAUGUUUUACAUGACAACCCAUGUGCAUGUUUAAUUAGACUGUAAAAUGUUUGGAAAGGGAAGUUAGCUCAGUACAUUACUAAGAGCACAUUAAGCAACAC